UGUACUUUUGCUAAAUAGAUAUAUUUUAAACUAAGUUUUGCAAUUUUACUUGCUACCGAAGUUACACUAACGAAGUAUACUCGAUGGAAGGUUUAGAGAAGAAGGACACCUAUGAGCAAAAAAUGAUAGCGCUGGAAAGAGAAUUAGAAGAGUUAGAAAAAAAAAGAAACGAAAGAAAAGCUCGGCGAGAAAAAAGGCUGGCAGAAUUAAAGGUAAAAGAAAAUGAAAUUGAAGAACUGAGGAGGGGUUUAUCAAAACGUGCAGCGAGCCCCACUAAUCGGAAUUUUUUUAAGCAAAAAGAGGGUAAACCCGAUGAACAAGUUGAGGGUUAUGGAGUAAAUAUGUAUAAUAGCGAUGUUUUAAAAAAAACAAAACCUGAAAACUUUAAAAACCCCCAAAACAAUAGUACUAUUAGUGAAAAAGAGCUUAAAAAAUAUUCAGGACGUGCAGAAGAUGGAAAGAGUCAGUCUGUUAUAAAUUUUUCUAAGUACAAGGUUUCGAAGGAGACUAAUAUAAGUACAACAGGUUUUGAUGAUAAAUUAAAAACCAAAAAAAAAUUAGAGGAGAGUAGUGAAAAAAGACUAGGUGAAAAAAAGCAUAGUGACUUAGAAGAACUUAGUUCAAAAAGUAAAAUUAAAAAAGAGAUGGAUAACACCGAUAGUACUACGAAAGAAGGAGAGAAAAGCAGGGGAGAAGAUGCUACUAAAUUCACAUCAGAUAAAAAACUCGAGGGAGCUGCUAAUAAGGAAAAGGUCGAUAAUAUAAAAGUGAAUACAGGCAAUAAAGAGUUAAUAUGUAAGGGGAUCCCUAAAACUCCAGAAUUAAGUGAGAAAGUAAGCAAAGCACCAAAGCAAGAUAGCGUACCAGAACAAAAGCCUACCAAACGGGAGGAAACAGAUACGGAAAAAAAAAUAUUAGAGACAAGCGAUAUGUCUAUUGACAAUAAAAAUUAUGAGCUAGGGCAACUCAAUAAAGAAUCGAAGAAAGAAAGAUGGGAAAAAUCAACUCCCUCACCAAAACUAGUAGAUAUUAAGUAUGAGGAACUUAAAACGAAAGAAGGUGAAUUUUUACCGCAAAAAGAAAAACCUCCCAGAACAGAUUGGACGGACUCUAACCUAACCCUUAUUUGUGAUGAUUCUCUAGGAGUUCAAACAGAUAAUUUUAUCAGGUUAAAAAAAAAAGUUCCAAAGCCUAGGCGGAAUAAUAAGUCGGAAGCUAAUGCUGCAAGACUCCUCCAUCAAAGAGAAAUUACAGGGGCAAUCAAAAGUGGGUACGCAGAUGAUGCUAAUAUUCCUAAACCCAGGAAAAAAGUAAUUGGUAAGUAA